UAAAAUAAUAAAAUAACUAGCCACUGAUUUACUUAGCAUGAUGAAAAAGUUGAGCCAUAGGCUUUCUUAUAGUUAUUGGACCUCAAGUUAUUGGACAUAACUUCCUGGCAACAUGACCAAGCAGAACUUGGAACCCUUGUAGAAGACAUCACAAUCCAGUACCGCCCACCUCCCCAGCUCAUUUGCCUGGAGACACUCAGCGGAGAGGAUGCUGAGUUGUUUCUCCACAUCCAGAAGCCACAGCCCCAGGACCCCAGGCAGACAAAGUCUAUGUCAAAAAUUGAGAAAACGCCUCACACCAUCCAGAUGCCGCAGGCCAAAGUGCGAAAGGCGCGCAACUUUCACAGACAGCCCAGAGACGGUCUCCCCAAGACCAACCAACUGUGAACAGCCAACAUCAAGGUACCCACCCCAAAAGUCUGUUGACUCAGGUACAAAUGACACUCAAACCCCAAAGAUUCAUGGGCAAGUUUCAACAGGCCCCGAGAUACUCAGCAGCUCUGGACAGGUCUCAGCAGAGCUGGCAGCAGUAAAGUCAGACAGACCCAGGUGUGAAAGGCACCCGACUUUCACAGUCAGCCCAGAGACGGUCUCCCCAAGACCAACCGACUGUGAACAGCCACCAUCAAGGUACCCACCCCAAAAGUCUGUUGACUCAGGUACAAAUGACACUCAAACCCCAAAGAUUCAUGGGCAAGUUUCAACAGGCCCCGAGAUACUCAGCAGCUCUGGGCAGGUCUCAGCAGAGCUGGCAGCAGUAAAGUCAGACAGACCAAGGUGUGAAAGGCACCCAACUUUCACAGUCAGCCCAGAGACGGUCUCCCCAAGACCAACCGACUGUGAACAGCCACCAUCAAGGUACCCACACCAAAAGUCUGUUGACUCAGGUAAAAAUGACACUGAAACCAAAAGGAUUCAUGGGCAAGUUUCAACAGGCCCCAGGACACUCAGCAGCUCUGGGCAGGUCUCAGCAGAGCUGGCAGCAGUAAAGACAAACAGACCAAGGUGUCCAGAAGUAGAGACUAAUGUCACAGUGUCCAAUAACCACCAAACACUAAGAAACCUACAAUACGACCAGCUGGGCCGAGCUAUUAUGGAGAGUUACUUGGCAGGGAGAGAUGCCCAACUCCACACUGAACAGACAAUAAAGGCAGUAAGGCCUCCCUCACCCAUUAAGCCCUGUAUGCCAGUUUUCCUGCAUGACCAACCCUUCUCUGACCCAUUCUUCCCAAGUACCUCCAUGGCCUACACCACCUCCCAACAGGCCCAAGUUGUAGGUGGGGAUAAGAAGACGACAAGCCUUGAGAUUUUGUUUUCUUCUGAGGGCAAUGAACUUCUAGACACCUGCUCAUUUGGUAAUAAACACCUCACGAUUCAUACAUCAUCUCCUGCACCAAAGUAUACUGAGGUGUCUUGUGUAUCUGAAUGUACUGAAGUGCCUUGCUUACCACAAGAUGGAAAGGUGAUUUGCAUACCAGAAGAUCCUCAAGUGCCUUGGGUGCCAAAAACAACUCUGCCUCGUAUGUGUUUAGAUCAGAGUUCUUGGGACUGUCUGCAAAAGGAUACGGAGGCUCUCCCACCAUCAUUUCCAGAGGCUCCUCAGGUGUUUGGGGUACAAGAACAGCCUAAGACACCUUCUCCAGAAGAUAAAUCCAUCUGCUGUAGAGCUUCAGGACACUUGAGAAAGGUUCACCGCGCUAACGGCCACACAUUUGGAUCUAAAAGGUUCAGUAAGCGUGCUAAUUGUGCUGUCUGCUCAGACCCCACGGGAGGAUUUGGACGCAAGGCAUACAAAUGUAUGCACUGUAAAAUUUUAGUUCAUAAGAAGUGCCAUACACUCGUCAGAGUUCCAUGCAAGCACCAUACUGGUGAGGAAAAUGGCAGGCCUUUGUGCUCUUCUGCUCUUAAAGACUUUGACUUUCUCCGUGUCCUCGGGAGAGGAAGCUAUGGUAAAGUUUUACUAGCUCGGCAUAAAACAACAGAUCACCUCUAUGCCAUGAAAGUGGUGAGAAAGGAUGAUGAAAACCUUAGUCGUCUCCAGGUAGAGAAGCAAAUAUUGGAGAAGAGCUUGAACCACCCUUACCUGGUUGGCCUGCAUUCCUGCAUCGAGACACCAACCAGAUUUUUCUUUAUCCUGGAUUACAUCAGUGGAGGAGACCUAACAUACCAUCUGCAACAGUUCGGAAUCUUUCCCGAAGCACAUGUGAGAUUCUACUCCGGGGAGAUCUCCUUAGCUAUCAAGUUUCUUCAUGAACAUGAGAUAUUACACAGGGAUCUGAAGUUGGAGAACUUGUUACUAGAUGCGGACGGACACAUUAAAGUUACCGAUUUCAACCUAUGUAAGGCAGGACUGAAGGCAGGCGAGAAGACCAACAGUUUCUGUGGCACACUCAGUUAUCUGGCUCCAGAAAUCAUCAGAGGCGAAAGCUAUGGUUUCAGUGUGGACUGGUGGAAUCUUGGAACAGUCAUGUUCGAAAUGAUGGUGGGAGAGCCUCCGUAUCCUUUUGCAGACAGUCCCAAGAACUCUGAUCUAAACACAUACAAGGUCUUGCAAUCUAUGUUAGAAAGAGAAGUCCACAUUCCACAUCACCUGUCUGUCGAAGCCAGAAGCAUCCUCAAGGGUCUUCUGAAGAAGGAGCCAGAGGUAAGAUUGGGCUGUCACCCUCAGAGAGGAUUCAUCGAUAUUAAAGAGCAUCCAUUCUUUAACAAUCUGGACUGGAACAUGAUGGAAAAAAAGCAAGUGCCUCCUCCCUUUAAGCCAAGUAUUGGUACAGAAUUCAGGAUAGAAAACUUUGACCCUGAAUUUACCAACAAACCUGUCCAGCUCACACCUGAUGACAGUUACUUUGUGAACAGCAUAGAUGAAUUUGGGCUUUGAGUACAUCAAUCCCCUUUUCACAUAAGAAGAAUGAGUCUGAAUGUCACCUUCCAGUUAAGCAUCUGUUUGUAUAUCUAAUGCAUGACAAAACUUGUUACCAGCUUGCAUUCAACUGACACUUUUAUAAUUGCCUGGAAGAUCAUUUUAAUUUCCUUUUUCUAUAUGAAGAUGCCCUGCUUGAUUUUGGUUUUUGGUUAACAGAGUUACUUUUUAUGAUAAGGCUUAACGAUGAGGCAAUUUCUUUUUACCAAAUUUGUAAACACAUUCCGUUUGUUGCUUGGAGACAUAUUCCUGAUUUUUUUAUUUACUACACUGGAAAAUAAUAUCUCAUUAUGCUUGUUUUGCUCCCAAACUAUAUGACCUAUAUAUUUAGGCCCCUGAUUUUGUAAUAUUCAGGGAAAUCCAAAAACAAUAGUAACAACUUUGAACAACUCUGCAGAAACCACAUACAUUGUAGUUCUGUCUCCUAGGUCAAGCUUUAACCAUCUUAAAGUAUUACACCAUAAAUAUACUUUCUAAUAUUUAGUGGACAUCAAAACAAUAAUGCAAAGAAAGUAUUUCUCCAAAUAAGGCUAAAAUCCCAAAGGAGUUCUAAUGUGGACUCAGUAGGAAACAUUUUAAACAAAUGCCCUGUGUGAGUAUUUUACAUUCUGAAUGCCCAGUGGCAAAGAGCAGCUCUUAAAAGCAGGAUCAGAAACAUAUUUCUGACAUGUCAGAGUUCUCUGCAAUUUCAUGUUGUGUACACUGAUUUUUGUUUUUAAGCAAGAUCCGAGUACUACCAGAAACACAGAUUCCUUGCAAAGGAACAUGUCAAUCCUUAGAAAUAUUUUCUUUUGAUGUUUUCCUUACUUUCAAAUUUAGCUAUUUGAUGGAAUGAUAAAAUAUGACUCCAAGCUUGGGAAAAGUUACAUUUCUAAUGAAAUGGGGCAUCCAAAUAAAGAGAGAAAGAUAACUUAGUAAAUGCCUACACAUUUUAAGUCAUCCUAAAUUUAAAACUGGAUAGCUUGCCUAGAAUUAAACAUUAUCAAGCUUGUGCCAUUGUAACUUAUUUAGACUAUGACGGUUACUUUUCAAGUCCUUUGCACAGAGAUGGCACUGAAACAGAGCAAUGCUGUAUCUGGCAACUCUUGAAAUGACAAAUUGCUAACUACAAAUUGUAGUAAAAAUAAUUUGAAGAACUCUGCCCCUGAAAUGAACUGUACUACUAUUUUUAUUAAAAUUCGUAGUUAGCAAUUCAUUAUUUACACAGCUGCCAGAUACAGCACUCAUCUGUUUCAGUGCCAUUUCUGUGCAAAGGACUUGAAAAGUAACCACCAUUGUCUAAGUAAGUUACAAUGGCACAAUCUUACUGAACUUUAAUUCUAGCUAAGCUAUCUAGUUCUAAAUUUAGGAUCACAACAUGUGUAGGCAUUUACUAACAUAUCUUUCUAUCUUCAUUUGGAUGCCCCAUUUCAUUAGAAAUAUAACUUUUCCCGAGCUUGGAGUCAUAUUUUAUCUUUCCAUCAAAUAGCUAAAUUUGAAAAGUAAGGAAAACAUCAAAAGAAAGUGUUUCUAAGGAUUGACAUGUUCAUUUGCAAGGAAUCUGUGUUUCUGGUAAUACUCGGAUCUUGCUUAAAAACAAAAAUCAGUGUACACAACAUGAAUUUGCAGAGAACUCUGACAUGUCAGAAAUAUGUUUCUGGUCCUGCUUUUAAGAGCUGCUCUUUGCCACUGUGCAUUCAGAAAGUAAAAUACUCACACAGGGCAUUUGUUUAAAAUGUUUCCUACUGAGUCCACAUUAGAAUUGCUUUGGGCCUUUGGCCUUAUUUUGAGAAACAUUUUCUUCCCAUUAUUCUUUGGUCCUCCACUUAAAUAAUAGAAAUGUUAUUAAUGCUAUAAGCAGCAAUUUACAACCUUAUGAAUGCUUCUGAACAAAUUUUAAACAGAUAACUCUUAUAGAUCAUCUUCUCUGUUGCCCCAGUAAAGCCUUAUCAUUUGCACCAAUGAUUUCUGCACAAAAGCAGAAUUUUUCUUCAAUGAAGUCAAUCUUUAUUCAGGGUGUUAUGUGGAUUUUAAAAUUUUUACCUAGUAAGAUUUACUCUGUGUAUUUUAUGGGGAAUUUCAUUUCAAAAAUUUUAACUAUUCAAUUUUUUUUUGCAAUCUUUUAGUGUAAUGGCAUUUAUUAUAAAAAGUCUUCUCAAAAUAUUUACCAGGAAAAUAAGGCAGUUUACAAUCAGAAUAGUUGACCUUUUGAUAUUCUAAGACAUAAUUUACUUUGCAUAAGCCUGCGAUCAGUUCUCUUUAUUCAUAUUCAGCCUGAAUUCAAUUUCAAGUACCUGGUUCAGUAAUGCUACAGUUACUUUAUACAUUUGUUUUGUCAUGCAGCAUGCAGCCUUGGUGGUCAUGAUACAACCUGUAUUUGUGUACCACUUUUUUUCUCAUGUUAAAAACCUUUAGUUACAACAUGUAAUUCAAAUCACAGCCAUGAAAAGAUUUUGCAGCCAUAUUGUAAAACCGCCAUGGUGAUCAUACUGCAUUUUCACUAGUUUCAAUCUGGAGUAAACCUAAAGUGAAAUCUGCCAGCUCCAAACCAAGACUCAUGGUGACUUUCAAUUGCUUUCUGCUUCACUCCUCACUCACUGAAGAUCUGCUGUAUUGGACUGCUUUAAGUAAUGAACAACGUGUGGAUGCAGUAACAACUGGACAUGGUUGUAUAUAAUAUGAAUCUUAAAAAUUCAAUACAUCGUGUGUUGUAAUAGACAUACUUAAUUCACUCAUGUGAAGUAAACAUUCUCUGAAUUUUGGGGCCUGCAAUCUUUUGUUGCUUCUGUGUGAACCAUCAUGGUUCCUAACUGCCAUCAUGUUUUGGCCACAACUGUCUCCUAAGUCUUCAAUUAAUACUUGAUUUAAUGGAAACUCUGUGAAGCCCAGCCUCCAAGGGAUUUCACCCACCUUGGGUGAAAAAGUCAUGGGAUAAAGUCACUGACAGCUGUGUUUCCUAUGCCCUGUGAGCAGGCUACGUGGAUGAGAUGUGCACAUUUUAAGAGAGCUCUACAGCUGGACCUGAGAGGCUGGGGCCAAUAUUUCCAUAGAAAUGGAAUUUCAAUACAUUCAGUCCAUAAUGUGGGUUUUGGAGAACUAUAAUAGUGUUCUAGAAAAAGGUGACAAGACUGUAUUUGAACAAAUACGGAUUUUUGUAUAUGAAAAAAAUAAGAUCACCCUGAAAAAUAAGUCCUGGUGCAUCUUUUGGAGCAAAAUUUAAGGUAAGAGCUGGUCUUAUUUUCAGGGAAUAAUAUUUUUGAACUCUAGUUCACCCAACAGGGUCAUCAUGGGCAGCUGAGUUACUGCACCUGAAUGAAUAAUAUUUUCAUGGUAUGAGAUGACCCAAGAUAGCUUGGGCAGGGCAUAUGAAUGAGUACCCUCUACAGUGGUCAAGCAAAUGGAAGACAUGCAGGCCCUUUAGCAUCUGCUUUCUGCCACCUUCUCUCUUCCAAUAGUCAUGACUGAUGUCUGAGUGUUCACUGUGGGAGCAGCACUUUGGGUGCAGUAACUCAGCUGUCUAUGGUGACCCUAUUGGUGAGCUAGAGUGCGAUUCUUUUGUCCCUCAAAGGCCACCAGCUUGGUGCUACUAGGAGGUGGUGGAGCCCUCAGGAGUUGGAAUCUAGUGAAAGGUCUCCAGUCACUGGGCCGAAUCCCCUGAAGGGGACAGCAGGAUCUCAUGCCCUUCUUCUACUUUUCCCAGCCAUGAGGUGAGCAGCUUUGUUCUGCUAUGUGUCACCCCACACCCUGGCCCAUGAUACGCUGCCAGCAGCCUAUGCCAGUGGGCCAACCGGUCACAGAGUAGAACUUCCAGAAUUGAACCACAAUAAACCUUUUGUCUUUAUAAGUUGAUUACUUCAAGUAUUUGUUACAGUAGUAGAAAACUGAAUACCAGAGUGGAGCUGUGCUAUACACUAUAUUUCAGAGGGGAAUUAACUAGAGGAACAGAGAUACCAGGAGACUGACAUAAAUCAAAUGCCUUCACGUAGAAACACAACAGGUGCUCAAUGCCGAGGCUAUACCGUGACUUCCGACUUCAGUGUUCCUUUGCCCAGCCCUGGGUGUUUUAUGUUUUGCUUAUUAUAUGAAGGAUUUUUAAAUGAUUUUCAUGUAUAAGUGGUCCAUAUUUAUUGUGUUAUAUAUUUCUCAGAUUACUUCUAUGAAGCACGGGCUCCCCAGCUUCCAAGCCUGCGAGUCACACCAACAGCACUCCUGAAUCUCCACAGCAGAUAGGAACUCUCAGUUGCCAUAAUUACAUGAUUCAAUGUCUAAUGAUAAGUUUCUUCCUAUAUGCCAACAGGAAAUAUAUAUACACAUACAUGUAUAUGAUUUAUACACAUUCAGAGGCAUUCAUAGAAACCUGUUCACACAGAGACAAAGCAGAUAUAUAUCUACUAUACAGAAAUUUAUUAGAGAAAUCCCUGAUUAACAUGGCUAGGAUGGAGAACAGGGCACCCUCAUUAGAAAAAAAAGAGAACUGACCAUGAGUGCAUGGUGAUAUCAAAGAAAAACAAGCUUCCCUGUGGUAAGCUCCUAGAAUUUUGAAGUUAUUACAGAAGUUAGUGCAUUCUGAUCAAACUGUCAAAGCAACUACAGAAAUAUACCUGUCGGGAAAUACC